AUGCCGCCGUCCCUGCUGUUGCAGCAAACACCGUUGCCGACGUUUGACGGCCGGUAUGAGCACUGGCACAAAUUCAAGGCUCGAUUCUGCGAUAUUGUGGACCGGUGCACACAGGAUUCUCCAGCAACGAAGCUCCAUUAUUUGGAUAAGGCGUUAGUCGGAGAGGCAAAGGGAGCAAUUGAUGAGCAGACACUCAACGACAACAACUACGAUGGCGCCUGGAGGAUUCUGGUAGAACGCUAUGAGAACCUCCCGAUGGUGAUUCACGGCCACGUCACGAGGUUGCUGAACAUGAAACCGAUGGCCAAGGAGUCGUCAGCAGAACUGCGAACGUUGAUUGACGACUGCACAAAACGCGUGGAAUCCUUGGAGUUCCACAAACUGAAGAUGGAUAAGAUGUCCGAAGCUAUUGUGAUCACGUUGCUGGCGUCGAAGCUUGAUCCGAGUACCCGCAGAAGCUGGGAGGCAUCUGUUGAGCAUGGUAAGUUACCAGUGUUUAAAGAUACGAUCGCAUUCCUGCGUAAACACUCUCACGUCUUGGAGAGGUGUGAGCAGAACGUCACGACAGUCAAGAACAAGGUCGUGUCGAUAAGAAGUCAGCCGUCUACAGUCACUAGUAAGACGCACACUGUGACGGUUUCGAAGGCGAAUGAUGGAUGCCCCCUGUGCGGAUCUGCCCAUCCGGUGGAUACAUGUGGAGCGUUCAAAAGGAUGAAUGUUGACGAGCGGUACACGAAGGCGAAGCAGCUGGGAUUAUGCUUCAGCUGUUUGCAGCGAGGGCAUCGAACCGCUGCGUGCAAGCACAGCAAAACGUGCCCAUCAUGUACGAAAAAACAUCAUGCGUUGAUGCAUCCGGAAGAGAAGAAGCCUGUAGCAGCUGAGAGCCCGCAGCCACCUGCGGCAGUGCAGGAGAACUCCAAUCAGCCGAUGACCGCGGCGAAGUGUACGAUUCCAGUCGUGCCAAUGCAGACGAAACAAGUUCUUUUGGCGACCGCUGUGGUGAUGGCGUACGAUUCCAACGGUGAGGCGCACAAAUGCCGUGUGUUACUUGACUCCGGAGCGAUGGCGAACUUCAUGUCAACCAGAAUGGCAGAGUUACUGCGAUUGCGGAAGGAGAGUGCCAAUGUCCCGAUCGACGGCGUAAACGGGAUGAAGACCAUCGUGAAGCAUAAAGUGAGUGCUAAAAUGGUAUCCAGAACAACCGGUUUUGAAUCAUCGUUGGAUUAUCUGGUUGUCCCCCGAGUGACCGGUGCAUUGCCGGCAACGAAGAUCGACCCGCAUAGCUGGCAGAUUCCAGAGUCGGUACAGCUGGCCGACCCGAACUUCUACGAACCUGGUCGCAUUGACAUGCUUGUCGGUGCGGAAUUAUUUUUCGAUGUGCUGCAAGAAGGUAAGAUCAAGUUGUCUCCUAAUCUGCCAUUAUUGCAAGAGAGUCAACUGGGCUGGCUCGUUUCCGGACCGGUGGCCGAUACUGCGCCGAUCGGUACUGUGAAAGUGUGUCAAACUGGCACAUCGGAGGCAAUUGAUGAACAACUGUGUCAACUACUUCGGCGGUUUUGGACCAUCGACGAGCUUGGAGGUGAUACAUCCCCUGAUCCAGACGAUAAGUGUGAGCUGAGCUUCCAGGAGACUCACAGCAGAAACAAGGAUGGCCGGUACGUGGUGAUGCUACCAUUCCGUGAUAACGUUGGCGAGCUCGGUGAAUCCCGGAAGCAAGCGAUGCGGCGAUUUGUUGCACUUGAGAGCCGUCUAGAAAGGCAGCCGGAGUUGAAGCAGGCGUACGCUGAGUUCAUCAACGAGUACCUAGCGUUGGGUCACUGCCGAGUGGUCACAAGCGCCGAAUGUGAGAAGAACGAUUUUGCUCAUUAUCUGCCACACCAUUGCGUGAUAAAGCCGGACAGUUCUACGACCAAGCUGAGAGUGGUGUUCGAUGCGUCGGCGAAGAGCAGCACAGAUCUGUCGUUGAACGACGUGAUGGAGAUUGGUCCAACAGUGCAGGAUUCACUCUUCAACGUGAUUUUGAGAUUUCGCUUGCACAAGUACGUCUUCACCGCCGACAUCCCGAAAAUGUAUCGGCAGGUGAUGGUUCACGAGUCUCAUCGGAAGUACCAACGGAUUCUGUGGAGAGAGAAUAAGGAUCAGACAGUGAAGGAGUUGGAGCUGAAUACGGUUACUUACGGUACAGCAGCCGCGCCUUUCCUGGCGACACGGUCCAUCGUUCAACUGGCUAAAGAUGAGCAGGAGGACUUUCCGGCGGCGAGCGAGGCUGUUGUGAAGUGCUUCUACGUUGAUGACGUGAUGACUGGUGCUGAUACCCUGAGCGGUGCUAGGCAGCUUCAGAAAAACUUGAUCACACUCCUGGCCAGGGGUGGAUUCCAGCUCCAUAAAUGGUGCGCCAAUGAUGAAGCAUUGCUCGAAGACAUCCCUAUUGACGCCAGGGAGAAGCAGCUGAACUUCGAGGACAGUGAUAUCAACGGAGUCAUUAAAACGCUUGGUGUCCUGUGGGAUCCCUCUAGUGAUGAUUUCCUGUUCCACGUGAAACCAAUCGGUGAGGGUUCCGAAAUACCCACGAAGCGAAUGGUGCUGUCGGACAUGUCAAAGCUGUUCGAUCCUCAUGGCCUACUAGCACCGAUCAUACUCAUUGCCAAACUCGUGAUGCAACAACUGUGGCAGCAGAACGUGGAAUGGGAUGAAGCGAUUCCGAAGGAGCAACUACGAACGUGGAACCGGUUCAGGUCCGAGCUUUCGUCUUUGAAUUCUCUGCGGAUCAACCGGCGGAUUACUGUUGAUGAUGCGGUUACUGUCGAGCUGCAUGGAUUUGCUGACGCCUCCAAGGUGGCGUAUGGGUGUUGCAUAUACCUGAGAAGUGUGAAGAGUGAUGGGGUUGCCGAGAUGCGAUUGAUUUGUGGCAAGUCACGGGUUGCCCCAAUGAAGGAGAUUCAACGAGACAUCAAGUUGGACGCCACACCUGAUGAGAUGACGAUCCCGCGGCUGGAGCUGUGUGCUGCAUUGCUGUUAGCGGAACAAGUGGAAAAAGUGCGCGAAACCUUAGCAUUAACAACCGCAAAGGUGGUGCUUUGGUCGGACUCUAAAAUAGUGUUGAACUGGUUGAAACAAAUGAAGACAAACACUCCAGUCGCCGAACAACAACAACAGGAUGGCGCGCUGGCGCAUGAGCGAAAAGAACGACACCGCUGCGUGCUCGGCAAGGUGUUCAGUUGA